AUUCUCACUCGGACUCCUCGGAUUCAUGCCUUGCUGGCAUGACAAAAUCCGGUAAACGCGGAGGAAUAUUUGCGCUCAACGAUUGGCUAUUAUUUGUUGAUAAUGGUUACGACAAAUAUUAUGGGAUGCAAGCACCUGCUAAAAUUGGACGUUUUGGUGACGUAGUAAAUAUUGCGUAGUAGUAUAUCCAUAUAUGGAACAAAGCUGUUCUGACUGGGUCAGCGGUCCACAAAGAAAAAGCGAACUACCAGUCUAAAUUGAAACGUAUGAUUUAGGUAAUUGUUUUGAAAUGAAAGAGUUUUACAACUGGGAUACUCACUGUUAACCUAACUUUGUCAGCGAUACAGUAUCGGAAAUGAUGCGCAUUAUACACACGUGCUUGAAACGAUUCCAAGUUUUGGCGCAAACGCCACGUUGUCAGAAAGGGGAAUUCCGAUUUACCGAUGAGCUGUCACUUAGCACUGUCUGAUAUAGCUACCUGUUACCAUUCCAACUUGGCCAUUUACCAACAAUGUCCGCAACCACCCCAAGUACAAAGACACCGAGAGCUCGUCCGUCUCUCAGCUCCGGAGCUCUGCAGACAGAUCGUAGCAUUGGUAUGGACACGGAGGAUGAGGACAUUCAACUUGACCAGGUUCAGCAGAUACACCAAAAUGUCAGGGACACAACGGUGCAGGCAGAACAACAGGUGUACAUGGGUGUGGUGUGGCAGGCUGGGAAACUAGGACUGGCUUACUAUGAUAUAGACACCACACAGAUCUACAUGAUGCUAGACACUGUGGAAACAGAUGAAUUCACCAUGUUGAAGAGAGUCCUGAGACAGAUACCACCAGUGUGUGUGGUCAUUGGUACCAAACAAGAUGAGCGUUUGAUAAAAACGCUGAAGACACUUUUGGUAACCAGGGUAGACCAGGAGGAUCCUGAUGCUGAUCGGGAAUGGUCAGAUUCUGAUGUAGUGAAGCUACUACCCAGUGUUGACUUCAGUUUGGACAUCUGUAAAAGACGACUGCUGCACUUAAACCUGCCCUCCAUCCCCAAACACUAUACAGAGACAGAGAAGACCCUGUACCUGUCCUCUCUCGUCCCAUUCGACAAUGUUUCUAUGGUAAGAGCCACUGGUGGUCUAUUAAAGUACCUUGAGAAAAUGAGGAUUGGUGUGGAGUUGGAAGACAACAUUGUUGGAGUACCUGUCCUUGACCUUCGUUGUUUCUCUCUGGGUGAUCAGAUGGUACUAGAUGACACAGCCUAUAGUUCCCUACAGAUAUUCCAGCGAGAGUCGCACCCUUCCGCGUACAAGGCAGGAUCACGCAGCGCCAAGGAAGGCCUCAGUCUUUUUGGCAUUCUGAAUCGCUGUCGGUCCCAAGUAGGCAGUAGAAAGCUUAGAAUGUGGUGUCUACAGCCCCUGAGAGACCUCAGUGUAUUGAUUCAGCGACAGAAUGCUAUCGCUUUCUUUGUGAGCCCACGUAACAUCGAGGUGCUCACCACACUAACUGAUUGUCUCAAACACAUCAAGAACGUCACGAGAGUCCUGGCCAGGAUGACCAACACCCAGGCAUCAGUUGGGGACUGGCAGGCACUCUACAAGACAGUCUACCAUGCCAUCUACAUUGGGGAUAUAUGCAGGGCUCAGAGCAUGGAAAUAGAUAUCUUCAAAAAGAUAACAACCAAAUUCACAGAGGAUCUACAUCGCAUUGCCACUCUCGUCAGCAAAAUCGUUGACUUUGAGGAGAGCAGCAGUCAAGCAAGAUUUGUGGUCAAGUCUGGAGUGGACUCUGAACUGGACGAACGAAAGAGGACAUACAAUGGUCUCCCAGAUUUCAUGACCAAAGUGGCCAAGGAGGAGCUGAACAGACUCAGUGACGAAAUCACAGAAUGUAAUGUCAUCUACCUGCCUCAGCUUGGGUACCUACUGGCUAUCCCCAAGAUGGACCGCAUGCAGACUGAAGCUGACUAUGUUAUACCGGGUCUGGAGUUUAUGUUUCUUUCUAACAGUAUGCUUCACUAUAAAAGUGCUAGCACCAGAGAGUUGGACCGGCUGUUGGGGGAUACCCAGUGUGAAAUAACAGAUCAGGAGAACAGCAUCAUGCACAAACUACAGAACACCAUCCUAGAACACUCUCGGGUCCUCGUUGAUGUCAUGGACCUGUGUGCUGAGCUUGAUUGUCUGACCACUCUAGCCCAGUGUGCACGAGAGUACAACUAUGUGAGGCCCAACCUGGUCAGUGAAGCGGUCAUCAUUGUCAAAGGAGGAAGACACCCACUCCAGGAGCUGUGCUGCAGUCCCUUUGUCCCUAAUGACAUCUUGAGUGAUGAAGAGAAUGGCAAGAUCAAGAUCCUUACUGGACCCAAUGCUUCUGGAAAGAGUGUUUACCUCAGACAGGUGGGGAUGAUUGUCUAUCUGGCCCACAUUGGCAGUUUUGUCCCAGCAGAGCAAGCUACCAUCGGAAUGUUUGACAGGAUUUUCACACGCAUACAUUCUCUAGAGAGUGUGUCGGUCGGCCUCUCCACCUUUAUGAUCGACAUCAAUCAGAUGACGGAGAGUUUGCGGAAUGCCACAGAUAAAUCUCUGGUUCUGGUUGACGAGUUCGGCAAAGGUACAGCCAUGACUGACGGGCUGUCACUGCUGUGUUCCAGUAUAAUUCACUGGGAUGACAUGAAGGGGGCGUGUCCACACGUGGUGGUGUCCACCCAUUUCCACAGCAUGGUCCACCAACACCUGCUGCCACUCUCCCCAAACAUCAAGUACUUGACCAUGGACACGAUACAUGACGAUGAGGAGUUACUGUUCCUGUACCAACUUAAGGAGGGUCACACCAGCUCGAGCUACGCCAGUUACAUUGCCACCAAGUCUGGUCUCCCUGAGGAGAUUGUCAAACGAGGGGUAGAGGUGUGUGAGCUUAUCAAAGAUAACAAACCUGUACACCGAGUGGACAGUCCAGGGGUCGACGUCCAGUACAAAAGAUGUGAGGACAUUGUUAACAGGUUUCUGGAGCUUGACCUCGACAAAGAUGACCUUCAGGCAUUUCUCCGAGAUUUUGUACUUCCAGCUUCUCAGGGACUCCUCUGACCAGUUAUUACAUCUAUAUCAGCUGUAAACUGGCACCUGUUUGUUACGAUUUCAGACAGUUUUUGUAUUUAUAUGUUGUUAUUACAUCUAUAUCAGCUAUAAGCUGGUGGCUAAUUAUAAUGAUUUCAGACAGUUUAGUGAUUAUAUACUCUCAGUACAUUUGUAACGACUGUAAACUGGUAGCCAUUUGGUAGUCAACACUUCAUUCCGUAGUUAAAGUAUUUAUAUACAUGUAAAUGGUAGGUUUGAUAUAAACGUUACAAGUCGAACCAAAGCUACAUAUUGAGUUAUGAAUUAUUAUGAAUUAUUAUGAAUUAUGAGUUAUUAGGAGUAAUUAUGAGUAAUUAUGAAACAAUAAACAUAUGGUGAAGUGUUAAUGUGAAUUGUUAUACCCUCAUUAAUAUGUAGAUGAUAUCCAUGAAUUUGUUGUUUGACAUAUCCCAGUAAAAUAACUUGUGUAUCGUAAAAACUUAACAACAGGUCCAAUAAAACAUACUUCCAUGAUAUGUAUAGCAUAGCGUUGUGACAGCUCUGUGCUACAUACCAUCAUACAUAGUAAAAAGCUGCAAUUAAAUCAUUUAAAGGUAAAACAAUA